GCCGGUUGAAGUCAUCAAGGAGGUUAUGGUUGACAGGCCUGUCGAGGUAGUCAAGGAAGUGAUGGUGGACAGACCUGUCGAAAUCAUAAAGGAAGUUAUGGUCGACAGGCCGGUAGAAGUCAUCAAGGAGGUGAUGGUAGACAGACCCGUCGAGGUCAUCAAGGAGGUGAUGGUGGACCGGCCGGUUGAAGUGAUCAAGGAGAUCAUGGUGGAUAGACCAGUCGAGGUGAUCAAGGAGAUUACCGUCGACAGGCCUGUAGAAGUCAUCAAAGAGGUCUUUGUGGAUCGUCCCGUCGAGGUCAUCAGGGAAGUCAUGGUGGAUCGGCCAGUAGAAGUGGUCAAGGAGGUCAUCGUGGAUCGACCGGUAGAAAUCGUGCGAGAAAUCGAAGUAAUCAAGGAAGUCGAAGUUCCAGUCGAGGUCGUCAAGGAAGUCUUCGUGGACAGACCUGUGGAGGUUAUUCGCGAGGUCGAAGUCGUCAAACAGGUCGAUGUCCCCUACGAAGUCGUCAAAGAGGUCGAGGUUAUCAAGGAGAUUGUGCGAGAAGUGCCGGUCGAAAAGGAAGUGGUUCGCGAGGUCUACGUCGAUCGAGAGGUCAUCAAGGAGGUCCCCGUAGACCGGGAGGUCGUUCGCGAGGUCUUUGUUGAUAGGGAGGUCAUCAAGGAAGUUCCUGUCGAUCGAGAAGUUAUCAAGGAGAUUCCGGUUGAUCGAGAGGUCAUCAAACAGGUCGAGGUCGCCAAGCCUCGUGCCGCUCACAGGGACAUGAUGACGCAGACGGAUACCGUGCCAUCCAUGUCGACCAGCUUGAGCGCACCCGCUCCUGACAUUGGUCUCUUCAGGGUCACGUCGGGAUCCAAUAUGGACUUCCUCAAGAACCCGCCCUUGCCGUCUGCUUCAAGCAGUACCUUUGGUCGACCCACGGUCCGAGUCAAGCAACGCUCCAGCAGUCCGACCAGGCCGAUUCGACUGGCUGUGGGCGGUCGAGAUGACGAGUCUGAUUCCCACGCCCCGUCUGAUCGAGAGUAUGCGCCCAAGUCGCCCGUCUUCUCGAUACGCUCGAUCGCUUCGGUCGACAGGUCGCAGCCACCGGUCAUGUCGCUGCCGCCGCCCCCAACCGCACCACCACCUCCGGUCUUGCCUGUCAAACUCGCUCCGGCUUUGCCACUCGCGCCGCCUCUGGCUGAUCUGAGCCAGAACCGUGCCAAGACCCCCAUGAGUGCCGAAUUCAACAAGCCCAAGGCAUUCUUGGUACCUGAAAACGGAUCACGAACGAACGCAAACAGCAUGCCGCCCCCGACCGCCUCGAGGCAGACUUCGAGCGCAAGCUUGCGAUCCGCCAUGAACAAUAUUCCUACCGAUGAGAACCGAUACGGCACUCGCAAGAGCAUUGAGCAGAGCAGAGACGGCGUCAAGCGUCUUGCAGAUGUGGUGGUUGGCGGGCGUCCUGGUGCUCUCAAGGCGCAAUCCCGAACCGCCAGUUACGCAUCCUCGCGAUCGAGCGACUAUGGUCACACCAAGAUGCCGACCGGUCUGGCUAGGGAGUUGGGCAUGCCUUCGUCUAGCGAUCCGGCGCUCAUCCAGGCCAUUACCCAGGUCAUGAUUGGAGAAUUCAUGUGGAAGAAUACACGAAGCAGGUUGGGCAAAGGGAUGUCCGAAAACCGACACAAACGGUUCUUCUGGGUACACCCGUACGUCAAGACGUUGUACUGGUCUCCUGUCGAUCCCGGCGGUGAGAAUACGGCAGAGGCACGGUCGAAGAGCAUCUACAUUACCGGGAUCAAGGUGAUGAAAGAGGGGGGUGCAGCGGAUCCUGGCACAUGGCACGAAAGUAUCAUCAUUUGCUCGCCGACAAGAGAGGUUCAGAUGACGGCCAUGUCCAAGGAUCGACAUGAUGCUUGGGUCAAUGCCUUGUUGUUCCUGUGCGAGCGACCGGCACCAUCCUCGAGGCGUGAACGCGCCAGCAUCGUGCCCAUCGAAGCCUUGACGACGCCGAUACGGAAACCGUCCAGACCGGAACUGCCCGACGACUUUGGUCGACGCAAGACACCUCAUUCGAUUCGAAGCAUGAAAACGUAUGCUACCGAGAGCGUGACCCCUCGGGCUGGGGACGGACCCCGAAGUCAAUCGGCAAUGUCGAUGCGAUCGACUGUUCGAGGAAAACGACCGGGAACGCCUGCACACGAAUAUCUGUCGAGGCUCGACGCCGGUCUCCCUGUCGACGGGUUGCUCAGCGUGAAUGGACGUGCGAGCAUGAAACAGGACCAUGAUACGCUGCGUUAUGGCGAGGGGAACGAUACGGUCGGCGACUUUGAGGACUUGGAGAAUGUGCGAGUGUCUUAUGAAGGCGACCACCGAUCGAUGUCUGGCAAGAGAUCCCUUGCGCGGUAUCGCGAUGCCGGUUCGUCUCGACGCCCAUCGGUUGCAUCACAAUUGACCGCCCCCUCCCAGCACUCUCGCAAUCAUCCACCACGCUCGCCGUCUGCGUGGUCUUAUCGAAGUGGGAUGAGACGGGGAAGCGAAUUGUCAGAAUCAUUGUCUGCGGUGGGAGACGAAACGUUGACGCCUGGGAAGCUUCGACAAGCCUCGGGGGACUCGAGCAUCCGCCUGCCGCCUGUACCUCCCAUUCCACAAGACAGUCGGCGAGACACCGAGGACGCUGGCGCCACUCCCAGCAUGAAGAGUCGGAAAAAGAGCCUGAUCAAGAAACCGAGUCUCAAUUUUAGGGGAUUCGGGUCGAAGUCGAAUCGGUCUCAGAGCCGCCCCAAUUCGCCCUGAGCGGUUGAGGCAAUGGCGUUACGAAUCAUUUUGGGUCGAAAGAGUUUUGCAGAAUCGGAAUACCUUGUACGAAUACAGAGAUCUGACAGAUACGACGCGAACGAUAAUAUGAUUGCUAUGAUUGUUAUGAACGCCUGGGCUGUACAAGCGCGAACCAAAUGCGACAUGAGUAAUAUAUUGCAAGUGAUGUGAGGAAGAUAUCUUUUUCGAUGUACUUCAAGCAAUUAGCAGCUGGUAUAGUAAAGAAGACGAUCCGAAAUGGAAGAUGCACAAUUUCAACAAGAUAAUCCAUACAUGGCAGCCGUUCCUACCGCAGCUAGAACAAUCUUGCUGAAGGGCAAGUCGGUCGUC